AUGCCCGAAUAUACUGGAUUCGACUACGGCACAUCGCAGCUCAUGGCUGUGGACUCAUAUGGCAUGUCAGUUCCGCCACCCUAUGCCUCCAUGCCACUACCCAUGCCAUCGCACUCUUGGCCCAGCAUGCUCACAACACACUCUCCGUUUGCUGCGUCUGAGAUUCCGGUUUCCACCACCCCGACAUCGAUGUCUCCUUUGGUUCUUAUGCCUCCAGUGCGAAAGACCUCGACCGGGGGGUCUACACCACGCAGAACACUUACCGACGAUGACCGUCGGCGAAUGUGUAUAUAUCAUGAGGAAAACAAGACUGCCAAGCAGACUGAUAUUGGAGUAUUGUUUGGAGUUGAGAGAAGCACUGUUUCCAAGGUUCUUCGCCAGAAGGAAAAGUACCUAAACCCCGAAGAUGGGAGUCGAUCUCCCAUCAAACGGGCCAAGGGCAGAGUCCCUGAUAUUGAAAAAGCGCUAUCCAACUGGGCAAGGAACUACCAGCGCCAAGGAUAUACUCUGAAUGAUGAGAUGAUCAAAGAGAAAGCACUCUUCUUUGCCAGCAUCUGCGGCUGCCCUGAAGGCAAGGAAAAAGUCUGCACCACAGCUUGGCUAGAAAAAUUCAAGCACAAGAACCAUCUCCUCGGGGCAAAGGUGCGCAGAGGAUCUACCGAUAUUCGCAGCGGAUCAAACAGUCCGACCUACCUCAACACAGAUUUUGGAUUUGCUCUUCAAAGUCCCACCGGACCCUCGCCCACAUCCCCCAUUGAUGGCUUCGGAUCCCCAUUGUCUCCAACGAGCCAAGGAAUUAAACGAGACCUGACUGAACUACCGGAUCUGACAGGGGGAUACCAACACGAGUAUUCCAAGAGUAUAACCUCAAUCGACACUUCUUCGAUGGGGAUGGUCAGUCCAACCUCCACUUUGGUCUCCGACAGCCCUUUCACACCCACAAGCCAAUCCCGUCUCCCGGCCGCCAACAGCAACACCAACCGGCCGCGCAGCCAGACCGCCCCUCUCGUCUCCAUCAAUCUAAGCCUUCUAUCGGCCGACGAAAUCACGGACCCGCAUCGCCAAAAGCGCGAACUCCAGCAAUCGCUUUCGGUCUCUACCCUGCAAUCCCCACUGGAAAUGGACAACUCCAAGGUCGCCCUGUUCCCGAUCCACCAGACAAACGUCAUCAAGCGUAAUCGAAGUAUUCCAGAGAUCACGACAAAUUCCAUGCCGCCGCCCUCCAAGUCAAGUAUCAUCUCGCCCAUCAGCUCUCCGGGAUCACCAACUCAGGAUGAUGCGCGUCGCGCCCUGGAAAUCGUCAUCAAUUACCUCGACCAACAGCCUGCUGGUCUAGCCGCACAGGAGUACCUGACCAUCGGGAAGCUAAUUGAAAGACUUGAGAUUGCUAAGAGCCAGGCUGGGGUUCUGCUGGGUGGCUUACCGCGCAUUGAUGAGCAUGAGGAUGCUCCCAUUCCACGUGUGAAGAAGAAGAGCAGCAUCCACAAUUUGGGAUGA